AUGGCCCACCAGCUCUGUGAUGUCCAGACAGUCUCGAUCCUGGGCAAACCUGCGAUCAGGCUCGGCUACCACCUAGCCCCGUACAUCGCCCACACCGUCCUCACCGAGCUGCGCUCGUCGACCUAUGUCCUCAUCACCGACAGCAACGUCUCCCCGCGCCAUCUGCCCGCACUCAAGGCCGCCUUCGACAGCCAACUCCCCGCGGCUGCCCGGCUGCUCACCUACAUCCUCCCCCCCGGCGAGCAGAGCAAAUGCCGCGAGAUGAAGGCCGUCCUCGAGGACUGGCUGCUCGACCACCGCUGUACCCGGGAUACCGUCGUGCUCGCUUUGGGCGGCGGGGUGAUCGGCGAUCUGAUCGGCUUCGUCAGUGCUACCUUCAUGCGCGGAAUCAGGUUCUGCCAGAUCCCUACCACCCUUCUGGCCAUGGUCGAUUCCUCCGUGGGGGGCAAGACGGCAAUCGAUACUCCCCUAGGCAAAAAUUUGGUCGGCGCAUUCUGGCAGCCAUCCUUCAUCUUCAUCGAUGCGGCCUAUCUGGAAACCCUGCCCGAACGAGAGUUCGUCAAUGGAAUGGCGGAAAUGAUCAAAACCGCCGCAAUCUGGGAUGAAUCCCAAUUCGAAAAAUUGGAAGCUAACGUCGAGUCAAUUCGAUCGGCCGUCCUAUCCCCACCUCCUCGCGAUCCGCUCAACCCAUCCCCUGGGCGAGAUCUUGCCAGUCGCUCUCAAGCACAACAGUUACUCCUCGAAGUCAUCGCCGAUUCCGUCGGUGUGAAAUCAGAAGUGGUCACCAAAGACGAAAAGGAGACCGGGCUCCGAAAUCUCGUCAACUUCGGCCACACCAUCGGCCAUGCCAUCGAAGCCGUCCUAACUCCUGCGAUUCUCCAUGGCGAAUGUGUUUCGAUCGGCAUGAUCCUCGAGGCCGAGGUCGCCCGUGCCCGGGGCUGUUUAUCAUCAAGCGCGAUCGCCCGGCUGAGCAAAUGUCUGAAGGCCCACGGCUUGCCCGUCUCCCUGAGCGACCCCAAGAUCCUCAGCUCACCCAACGCCCCUAACCUCAACCUCGACCGGCUCUUGGAUCUCAUGAGCGUGGACAAGAAGAACGAGGGCAAGGUGAAGAAGGUCGUACUGCUGUCGAGGAUAGGCAAAACGUUCGAAGAACGGGCUACUGGAGUCGAAGACAGCCUCAUCAGACGAGUCUUGGCCCCAGCCGUCCGCGUCCAUCCUGGACCUCCCCUGGCCAACAUCAAACAAGUCACUCUCCGAACGCCAGGGAGCAAGUCGAUCUCCAAUCGCGCCUUGAUCCUUGCUGCUCUCGGAAAUGGAACCUGUCGUCUCAAAAACCUCUUACACUCUGAUGAUACUCAAGUGAUGAUCGAUGCCCUCGAGGAAAUGAAAGGCGCUAGUUUCUCAUGGGAAGAUAACGGUGCCACACUGGUCGUUUCUGGCGGAGCUGGAAAGCUCUCGUCCCCCGCUAAUGGCAAGCACGUGUACCUCGGCAAUGCGGGUACUGCUGCCCGAUUCUUAACGACCGUCUGCUCCCUCGUCAGAUCUCAUGCUUCGACUCAAAGCUCUACAGUGAUCACAGGAAAUGCACGGAUGCAAGAACGUCCGAUCGGGCCUCUUGUAGACGCCCUACGAACUAAUGGGGUUCCCAUCGAAUACCUCCGUAACGAAGGCUGUCUGCCUCUACGGAUAAGCCCCGAGGAUGGCUUCCCCGGCGGCGUGAUCGAAUUGGCGGCCUCCGUCUCAUCCCAAUACGUUUCUUCGGUCUUGCUCUCAGCCCCAUUCGCCCAAGCUCCCGUGACACUCUCUUUAGUCGGAGGUACUGUGAUCUCACAGCCAUACAUCGAUAUUACGAUUUCCAUGAUGUCUACUUUUGGAAUACACGUCGAGCGUGUCAAAGAUCCAGCGACCGGUCUUCCAUCAAACACCUAUCGAAUACCUAACGGCGUUUACAAAAACCCCUCGGUUUACGAGAUCGAGAGCGAUGCAAGUAGUGCAACAUAUCCGCUAGCAAUGGCCGCCUUGAAUGGCCUUAGCUUAACGUUGGAAACAAUCGGCUCAGGCUCCCUCCAGGGCGACGCUCAAUUUGCUAAAAAAGUGCUAGAACCGAUGGGAUGUCAGGUGAUUCAGACCGAGAGGGAGACCAAAAUCAUCGGACCAAGCGCCGUCUCCGACUUGCGACAACUGGGGGAGAUUGACAUGGAGGAGAUGACGGAUGCUUUCUUGACUGCUUGUGUUGUGCUUGGUGUUGCCGUCCAGCCCUCGAAGAAAGAAGGGAAAAAGUCGACAAGGAUCGUCGGAAUCGCCAACCAGCGGGUCAAGGAAUGCAACCGGAUCGCAGCCAUGGUGGCCGAGCUAGGCAAGAUGGGUAUCCACGCUGAAGAGCUCGAUGAUGGGAUCGAGGUUUUUGGUACAUCGGUGGAUGCGCUGGCCAAAGCUGGCAACGAUGAAGUCCGAAUACACUGUUAUGAUGACCAUCGAAUCGCCAUGGCUUUCAGCGUCUUGGGAACGGUCCCUGGCGGGAAAGGGCUGGUCUUGAACGAGAAGCGCUGUGUCGAGAAGACUUGGCCCAGCUGGUGGGAUGACCUUUCGACCAAAUUCGGCAUUCAGCUCGAUGGCGUCCCUGGUCCUGAUAAGCUACCUACUACAGCUCCAGUGGUCGCAUGGGAAGCCAAGAAACCAGAAACCCCUUCCAUUCUCUUGUGUGGAAUGAGAGGAUCGGGCAAAUCCUUCUCGGGCCAAGUAGCGGCCAGUACUUUAGGCUGGCCACUCAUCGACACGGAUCUGUACUUUCAAGAAAAAUACGGCUGCACGAUUCGCGAGUUUAUUCAAAAGAAUGAUUGGCCACGCUUUCGAGAAGAAGAGUGUGCGGUACUCGAAGAAAUCUUGAAGGGAUUCCCUUCUCGCCAUGUCAUCUCACUCGGUGGAGGGAUCGUAGAAACUGAGAGAGGGAGAAAGAUUUUGAUCGAUUAUGCAAACUCCAAAGGCCCGGUGGUUGAGAUCAUCAGACCGGUAGAACAAGUGAUUGCCUACCUCAACGAAGAUGGCAAUCGACCUAGCCUGGGAGAAUCGAUUGAACAGAUCUGGGCGCGUCGAGAACCUUGGUAUCGACUCUGCUCGAACUCGGAGUACUUCAACCUCGUUCACCCCACUGUUGACCAUGCGCUGAUCACUGAAGUCCAACAAGCCAAACGGGCCAUGCGACAAUUUUUCCGGUUCAUCACUGGAGUCGACACCAACCAUGUCUCACUCAAUCCGCCGGUCCCCCGGAACACACAUUUCCUUUGCCUCACAUUCCCUUCGCUGAGCCCUUGCCGAGAAGAAGACGUAGCCAGCCUCGAUCGCUUUGAAGAACUUACCGUUGGAUGCGAUGCAGUCGAGUUGAGGGUAGACCUGCUAUCGACAUCCGGGAGAGCGCCAACGAGUCCAUCGAUUCCGCCCAUCGAAUUUGUGGUCAAGCAAGUCGCGGCGCUGCGCAGACUAACCACUCUGCCGAUCAUCUACACGGUUCGAACCUGCUCGCAAGGCGGGAUGUUCCCGGACGGCCAACCCGAGGAAUGGUGUAAAUUGGCUGUAAUGGGCUUCAGAACUGGCUGUGAAUAUGUGGACAUCGAGCUGGGACUUUCGCCGGAGCAGAACAAGGCGCUUUGUAGUCAGAAGGGCCAUUCGAAGAUCAUCGCCUCCUACCACGACUUUUCUGGUCGUUUGAAGUGGGACUCCAGCGAGAUGGUUCAACGUUACCAUCAGCUGAGGGCCUACGGCGACUUGGUCAAGCUAGUCUCUCGGGCAGCCGACGGACUGGACGACAACCUGGCGAUGCUCGAGUUUAGGAAGAAACAUGCCAGCCUCCAGAAGGACCGGCAGUCACUCAUCACGAUCAACAUGGGAAGAUCUGGACAGAUGUCGCGAAUCCUUUCGCCAGUUCUCAGUCCGACCACUCACCCAUUAUUGCCAGGUCCCCCAGCUGCACCUGGGCAGCUGUCCUUCCGUCAGAUUCAAGCGGCCCAGGGAUUGUUGGGACAGAUCAUCCCCAAACAGUUUUGGCUGUUCGGAGCUCCAAUCGGUCAAUCACGCUCACCCUUGAUCCAUGGAACUGGUUUCGAUAGCCUGGGUCUUCAAGGUUAUCGGUAUGAGAAGUGCGAGACGAGCUCGGUGACUGGCAGUACGGUCCUGGAGAAGAUCCAUGCGAGCGACUUUGGAGGGGCAUCCGUGACGAUUCCCCUGAAGGUGGAAAUCAUCAAGCAUCUCGACCAGUUAACGCCCGAUGCCCAGGCGGUUGGAGCAGUAAACACGAUUGUCCCCGUCACCCAACGAGAUGGGAAAGUGAAGUUGCUAGGCGCCAACACGGAUUGGGAAGCGAUCAAGACGAAGAUCGAGGCCAAUCUCCCGGCCCAGCAAGCCUUAGGACUAAUCACUCCGGGCCAACUGGUCAGAGCGGCAGGGGUGGUCAUCGGCGCGGGGGGGACAGCCCGUGCGGCGGUGUAUGCGCUCCAUUCGCUGGGGUACGAGCAGAUUUAUAUCCACAACCGGACGCGCUCGAAAGCGGAAGAGGUGGCCAAGGCGUUCCCUCGUUACUUUGGGAUCCGGGUGAUCGACAGUCUAGGUUUCCUCUGUUCGGGGGAGGAAGGGGUGUGGCAGCCGUCGGCGAUCGUCUCGGCCGUGCCUGCCCAUGCCGUCCGCUUAUCCAGCGACCCGCCCUCCUCCUCAGACACGCUCGAGAUCCCCCAUGGCCUCUUCGACAGACCCGGCGGCGGCGUUGUCAUCGAGAUGAGCUACUCCCUCGGUAACCUCUCGCCCCUCCUCAGAGCCGUCCAGGACAAAGUCGGCUGGAAAGCCGUCGACGGACUCGAGCUUCUCGUCGAACAGGGCGCCAGACAGUUCCUCCUCUGGACUGGUAAACGCCUCUCCAUGAACGCCGUCUCCCAGGCCGUCUAUCAGGAUGCUUCUUCCGAUUAG